UUCUGAAAGAGAAGUGAUCAACUGGAUACAUACAUCGUCAACACAUUCGACACGGCCUAUGAGCUCAAAACUCACCUACGCAUAAAUAUAUAAUAUUUUUAUUAUUUAUAAAUUUAAUUUUGAGCAGAAAAGACACUUUAGCAUCCCCGAUUCCGAAAACCUUUUCCUCUUUCUCAGAUUUGCCAGAAAAAAAUGGGCCUCUCCGUUCUUCAGGGUUUUACUAAGUCGUUGGCGAUGACGGUGCUAUCUGAGAUUGGGGACAAGACCUUUUUCGCAGCUGCCAUAUUGGCAAUGCGUCAUUCCAGAAGGCAUGUAUUAUCAGGUUGCCUUGGAGCUUUGAUAGUCAUGACCAUAUUGUCAGCUGUUGUGGGCUGGGCUGCUCCGAAUCUGAUCUCUCGGAAGUUGACUCAUCAUGUCACGACAUUUUUGUUUCUGGGAUUUGGCCUGUGGUCUCUAUGGGAUGCAUUUAAUGAUGGGGAGGGUGAAGAAUUUGCUGAAGUUGAAAAGGAACUGAAUGCGGAUACAAAAUCGAACGGUGGGAAAACCCAAGAAAAUAGUAAGGAUGAAGAUGAACUGAAAAAGCAGAGGCGACCUUUUCUUACCCAAUUUUUUUCUCCAAUCUUUCUGAAGGCAUUUUCCAUUACUUUCUUUGGUGAAUGGGGUGAUAAGAGUCAGCUUGCUACAAUAGGUUUAGCUGCGGAUGAGAAUCCUUUGGGUGUUGUCCUUGGUGGAAUCCUGGGACAAGCUUUGUGUACAACAGCUGCUGUCGUGGGAGGAAAGAGCCUUGCAACUCAAAUAUCAGAAAAAAUAGUUGCAAUCUCUGGUGGAUUACUUUUCAUUGUUUUUGGGAUUCAGUCCUUUCUUUCAAAAGUCGAGUCUUGAUGACUCAAAUUGACUAAGGCCCCGAGGGUCAGCACAAACUAUUUUUUCUGUACAAUGUCCUCCAUUCAAAUGUAAGAUGGAGAAUAUAUAUUACCUGCUGAAGGUACUAUCGACAAACUUCUCUGGCAGCUUUCACUCUUGAGCAGAAAAUGAAUGACUUUAUGGAUCCUAGAGAAUACACAUCUUGGUUUGCGAGUCGUCCUAAGUCAGCUAGGUGGCAAAACAAUCAUGAUAAAAUUAUACUCGUGAGUCGUGGAUGUAAAAGUAUGUGAUCAUGGUCAUUUUUUUUUUUACGCAGGUAAGAAGCUGGUUAUUACGUCUUACAACAAUUUCUAUGUCAAUUUCUCAUUAAUCUCUCUAGACUAUUCUCAGUUCCAUUCAUAUUCUAUUUUGCAUAUCAA